UGGAGGUUCCUCAGGUUGACACGUCUUCAAACGCUCUUGGGUUUUUUUACAUACAGGAGGAUGGGAUCACAAAGAAAGAGCAGUCUGGACGUCUUUUUGUUGGGACCACACUGGUUCCUGACCUCCAUCCUGUUGGCCACAGCUCUGGUUCUACCUGCUCUGAGCCUCGACGGCCUGCUGUGUCACUACUGUCCCCUGCAGCACAAAGGCAAGUCCUGCUCCAACCUCACCAGCGAGUGUCUGCCUAAUCAGCGCUGCACCAGUUCCAGAGGACACUACGGCUCCUUCCACAUUCUGUCUGCUCAGGGUUGCGUGGACACUGAACUCUGUGGCUCUUAUGAAAUCAUCUCUUAUCGAGGGGUCAAGUUCAACGUCAGCCACACCUGCUGCUGCAGAGACAACUGUAACAGCCGACCAAAGUCUGACACCAAUCUGAAGACGCUGCUGGGGAUGAUCACAGACAAGAUAGAGCACAAUCACAUAAAUGAUGUUCUUAGAGAGGAGUCUUUGGAUUCAUGUGCAAAUUACACAUCGUCAGGGAGCUCAACAUUACCUGCCACUGCAUCAUAAGUGCUUAGAGACAGCUGGGGAGAGGCCUGUUGGCCAUAGGCACUCACCCAAAUCUCCAAAAGGACACUAACAUUUGUCUGUGAUUAUCAGUAUUUUUCUAAAUGAGAAACAAAAUGCAUGAGUGUUUUGAGAUUACAUUUUAGCUCCAGAGAGAAAAGGUGGACUUGUCAGCCAUCCUCCUGGUG